UGCCUCUCAAUUCUCAUAGUACCUUUAUUUAUUUCGCAUAGACGUUUAGACACACACACACACACAAAAAAAAAAUAAAAAUAAAAAAAAUCAAAAAUAAACAAAUUUCGGUUCGAAACCAUGUUUCUCAAAACGCGGUUUCCACGUCCAGCCGCGCUUUUCGCCGGACGACUUCAUUCAAUCUAUCAUGUGCAUUCUUCCUCCGUAAACACUCCAAGACCCACGACAGCUAUGCCUCUGGCAUGGUAUAGCGGGUGGACCGGAUCGAGGCCUGAAGAUCAUAGCGUUAAUCGCAGCGAUAGGGGGGACCAGACGGAUCCGCAGACGAAGGCGACAAGGGCUGCCUGGAAGGAGAAGAAAGAGGGAAAUGCUGCGACUGAUAGGACAAAGAGUCAGGCAACAACGGAGCUAAAUCAAAAAAGAGGAAAGACACCGGAGGACGAGUUUCCAGAGGCACCAAGACCGAUAAUAGGCACUACCGAUGAGAGAGGAAGGAAAGGUUGGGAGUAGCAUUCAGGAAUACUAAUCAACAAAAAAGGUCGACAGGAAUUGGUGCGUUAACAUGUGAAUAUGUUCUAUUGAUAUAUCCUGUAUCAUCUACCGACUUUGAAUGAGAGAAUCUGGAUAGCGUCUAGUUAGCACUUCAUAGGCAUCAAGGGAAAUUGAAGUGGAACAUACAUCAUGUUUCCCAACUGAGACCACCUCAUCUUCCGAGACUCUUAUACCACCAACUCCUUCAACGUAGGCUAUGGGUGCAUCGCCCAUCACCUUCCGGGCCACGUCUGCGACGGUACUAUUUCUGCGAUAUGAUUAGCAGAGCGCAUCUCAAGAAAUGAAACUAGGAAACAAACUUCUUGACUAGAACAC